GGAAAUCUAUCACAAAUCCAUGGAUAGUCAGUCGAAAUGAGUGAAAAACACCAAGAAAUCGAGCCGCAUAUAACCCGCCGAUAUGAUAUCAAGAAACGUCUUGGUAAAGGGGCAUAUGGCAUUGUGUGGAAGGCCAUUGAUAAAAGGACCGCGGAGGUGGUGGCAGUUAAAAAGAUUUUUGAUGCCUUCCGGAAUCAAACAGAUGCCCAGCGGACAUUCAGGGAGAUAAUGUUCUUGCAAGAGUUCGGUGACCAUCCCAACAUCAUCAAACUACACAAUGUGAUAAAAGCUGAAAACGACAAAGAUAUUUAUUUAGUAUUUGAGUUCAUGGAUACUGAUCUGCACAAUGUGAUAAAAAGAGGCACGAUACUGAAAGAUAUACAUAAACGCUAUAUCAUGUACCAAUUGUUCAAAUCCAUCAAAUAUAUGCACUCUGGGAAUGUGAUUCAUCGAGAUUUAAAGCCGUCCAAUAUUUUACUCGACAGCGAAUGUUUUGUAAAGACUUGCGACUUUGGUCUUGCGCGUUCGUUAACACAGAUCUGCACGGAUGAUGGCGUGGAUCCGAAUCUGACAGAAUACGUGGCAACGCGAUGGUACAGAGCGCCAGAAAUUCUGCUGGCUUCCAAUAGAUACACAAAAGGUGUAGAUAUGUGGAGCUGUGGGACAAUCUUAGGGGAAAUGUUGCUUGGUAAACCGUUAUUUCCCGGGACGUCGACCCUCAAUCAGUUAGAGAGAAUAAUGGCUGGCAUUCCUCAACCAACACGCGCAGACAUUGAUAGCGUUAAUUCACCCUAUGGUGCUUCUCUGUAUGACCGAAUAGCAGCAAAACCAAAAAAGCAAUUAGAAGAUUUAAUUCCAAAUGCUCCUGAUGACGCAAUUGAUCUGCUAAAGAAGUUAGUAUAUUUCAACCCGGAUAAAAGAAUCACGGCGGAGGAAGCCCUUCGACAUCCAUAUGUAGCUAGAUUUCAUAACAAAGCAGAUGAGCCGUCAAUAGACCACGAAGUUGUCCCUCCAAUCAAUGACGACGUGCAGUUAACUGUAGGAGAAUACCGAACAAAGUUAUACGAGAUGAUCUUAGAAAAGAAGGCCGACAGACGCCAAAAACGAAAAGACGACCAAGAGAAACGUCGGGCCGAAUCCGCUGCGAGGGAAGCACGACAGGCUCGAGAUUACGGGGAAUCUCGAGCGGCGAGAGAUUACGCAGAUUCUGGUGAUCACUAUAAUGAAAAUCGGCCGUCAAAUAUGUCGUCGUCACCAAAGAUGUAUGGGAGGCCGCCGACGCAGUCCGCUAGUGCUCAUUCAGCAUUUGGAAGGACGACGUAUGCCAGCCCACCCCAGCCUCAACCUGCACGGACACAAUAUCGACCGAUAUCUCGGCAACGAAGUACAGAGAACAUCAAGGCAGCAGCCAACGCUUCAAAUGCUGCACAGCAGAAUUCUAGUUAUAUGUCGGCAGCCGAAGCGAGGCGCCAACAAUCUGCCCCUGUGCUAGGGCGACCGAAUCACUCGCGACAGUAUUCAGGUUACUCAAGACAAGCCAAUAACCCUGUCAUCACGCGAGAAGACCGGCCGGGAUUAGCUGUCACGAGUUCAAGACUGCGCUAUCUCGGGAGUCUGAACAGCAACACUAGCCCGAACUAUUCUCCACUGCCACAAGUAUAUGUUCCCGGCCAAAGGCCACUCUCUGCCAAAGACAAGGUCAAGCAGCCUGUCGUCUACGGAAGGAGACAAUACGAAAACACCAGAAAUGCCCCAUCCUCGGGUAUUCCAAAGGCAGCAUUCGGUAGCUACAGUCAGUCGCACGGAACCAUCAACGCCAGCCAGUUGGCGGCAAUACAGACCAAGCAGUGGAAUGUGUAGAGGUGAUGCCUACAUCACAUCUGCCUCUGUGUUUGAAUUUCUCCGACAGGUAGUAAAGAUCUACUGGAGAUGGAUUUCCAAGUGCCGACCCCGUUUGCAUUUUGGAAAAGGUCAUUUGGAAAGGAGUGGUUUAAGAAUGCGUCUGGUUUUGUGUACAAACUUGUACAUUUUGUAGAGAGUUACGCCGUCUGCCUGACGUUUUCAAGCAGACGUUCGGUUUCAGUGUUGUGCAUCAGCAUGGUCAUUUGGAAAGGACUGGUGGAGAUGGGCUCUUGGUUUUGUGUACAUUUGUCCACUUUGCAGACAGUCAGGCCGUCUGCAUGGUGAUUAGGCAGACAGUAGGUUCAACUUAUAGCUUAAAACUGAUUAUCUGAUACUGCUCCUUUUGUGAGUUUACAAUCAUAGUGUUCAGUUGUAGAGUUUGUGGCAAAGAAAACCAAGCUGGUCCUCGUAGUUCAGCAGAAAAAUGUGAAGCAGUUUGAAUAGCUUCAGUACCAUUUUUGGUACUCUGGCCUCUGGAGAAGAAGGAAGGGUUAGGUUAGGAAAGCAGACAACUUCACCUGUCAUUUUUGGUGGUAAAAUCUGGAUGAUGACCAGUAACUUUGAAAAAAAACCCAGUGAAUAUGGAUGACAUUUUCUCCUGACAAAGGGCACCUUGAAAUCUCUGGUGCAUGCAUGACAGUGUGGACAAUGUGGGUUGUAGAACUAGAAAAAGGUUAUAAGUGUUCAUGAGACAUUUCUAUACAAAAUAAGUGCUAUUGGAUUUUAGUCUAAAAUUUUCCAAUUGUCAUAUUAAACGCUUCAUGAGGGGUGUAUUGCGUUUGAUGUAAUGUCUUGUUUUGAAGUUGAAUGUGUGUGUUUACUUUGAGCAGCUGGGCAGUUAUGUGGGUGAUUAUUGCCAAAACGUGGCAGUAAUAGUUAGUGGUCCAAUGCAGUAGAUGAGUCCCAGGACGUUAUGGAAGAACAGCAUCAGGAAUGACGUAGCGUCAAACACACAGGUGGGGGAGGGGGCUCAUUUUGUGACCUCAGACGGGGAGAACUCUCGUCAAAAUUAGCAAUCCAGGUCAAACCCCCGUGGAGACAAAACAUGGUGGUCUCCUUGGCAGCAUCAAUACAGAAAAACUUGUCGAUGAAAAUUUGACAUGGGCUGGAAAUCUAUUGUGUAUUGGACUGCUGACGAACUGCUACCUAUCGGUAUUAAAGCUGGAUGAGUUUUAAUACUUCUCAACAGAAUUGCGACCUAAAAUUUGGUUAUGCUGCACACUGGACUUAUUAUUGGGUGACAGAAAAUGAAAUUUAAAUGGUUAGUUGGCUCAUUUCGAUAAAUUAUCGGCCUGCUGAUUUUUUGUCCCUGAUGUACUGGUAUGCAGCUGUCAGUGUAAUUCCUGUACCCCCCCCCCCCCACUUCCUGGCAGGGGUCUGACCCAGGAGGGGGUACAAGGUUGACAAUGAUUAGUGCAUUAGUUGCUUGUGUGCGAGACUUAGCGACCUUCUGAAAUCUGCCAAGCUUGGCAUAGUUAUUACCGUCAGUGUGUAAUUUUGUCGCCAGUCGCUUGGGUACCUUUGGGUGAGACAUUCCCAAUGUUGACGCUACUUUAAAGAUGUCCAGUUGUACAGUUUUUGUGUUAUUAAUGUAUUUAUAUUAACAUGUAAAUAUUUUUAGGCGUACUAGCUCUUAGAUGCUUCAACAUUCCUGUAGCCUUCAUUCCACGGACAAAUGUGUUUAUGUUUGAAAGGGUUGUAAGAAUUCUAUACAUAACACUGUAAUUUGAUGAUGAAAAUAAAAGUGGGAAAAAUCUCUAUGAGCGGAUCAUUGGUACAAUCAUGGAUUGUACACCCUCUGUAAUUAGUGAUGACAUGCCUGACCUUUCAUAAUUAUUGAUGGGAUAUCCAAGUUUCGGGUAUUUUUUCUCCAACAUUCCCUGGUCCUUUUGUCAGUUUUUAAUUGUUCUUUAAAUAUUUACAAACAACAAUUGAAACAAUUUCUCAUGAGGGCAGUUAUGCCUGUUGUGUUUCCUAACCUAAGAUAUUGUGUCUGUAGUUCAAAUUAGAUCGAAAUAUUUAUUGCCCGACAGUAUGUACAUGUCAUAAGCCGUCCAUAUUUAUUCGAUUUUACUGAGAUUAAUAUUUUAUUUCUUUGUAAUUUAUUUCUAAACACUUUAAAUGUUUCAAGAGUCCAUCCAAUGUAUAUGUUCGAAUUCCAUCCAUUUGUAAGUGUUUACAGCGAAAUGUACGUACAUGUAUGUGUUUUAUCAAGAAUUAAUAAAGACUAGUCUUUAUCAUUGCUUGGUUUUUAUCGAAGAGUAUAAUUAGGCAUUUGCCUUUUCUGAUGUAUAGCUUAAAGAUUAUCGUAAUAUCUAUGGUAAGACUUAACUGAGGAGUAGCACAAGGUUCUGCCUGUUUUAGCCUGUUUUGUGUAGAGGAUGGUUCUUGGAUGCUGAUCCAAAUAUGUGCGCAAACAUUCUUCAAAGUGUCAGUGUUUACUUCCAGUCCUAUUCAUGCGCCCUCAACACAGGAACCCAUCAACUAUCAAUAGUGCCAGCCAGCAGUGACUCUCCCUGACCCUACUUCUCAUUUAAAGGGAAUUUGGCACGACCAACUUUUCAGCCUACCUUGACAUUUUCAGCAGCAGGGGAAAUGUGCCUUCUCAUUUCCUGUUGCAGCGGAGAUCAGUUUAUUCAGCUAGAUUUGGUCUGCUGAACAUGCGGUCAAAAAGGUACUAUUCAGAAACUCACAUAUGGGAAUUCCACAGUAAUGACUCCAUGCAUCAGUUUCUUUGUUCUUUGGUACUGGCCGAGUCGCAGGGAAGCUUUGUAUUGCUUGUGCAAAAUUCACUUUAAUGAUCCACUCAGAUGAUAUCUAUGCAAUGUGAUAAGAUUGUAUUGCAGUUAAUCAGCAAGUUGUUUCAAAAAAUGUAAAGUUUUACAAAGAUUUUAAUUUAUUUUAAUUUAUGGUUUAUGAAUAGGAAGUGCAAGUGAGAUGCGUUUUUCAAGUCUCAUAAAAAUGCUUCAAUGGUUGUGUACUUUUUAUACAUUUUAAUGAUUUACAAUUGUUUCUUUAAAGGGACAAUAUAGGCAGCAGCUAGGUAGGCAAGAUAAAGUUACACCAAGUUGCCAUUAGAGGUCUCUCAAAUCUCACACUACAAUGAGAUGAUUCACGCUUGUACGAGGAAUAUAUUCAGUGCUGGAUCGGACAUGACCCAGGACCAUUACUGUGUGUAUUAGUCACCUGAUGAUGGCCAAAGUAGCCCCUCUGCUCCUGCCUAUAGUCCCCCUUUAAGUUGUGCAUGUUUAUAAGUUAUUUGUAGCUAUAGCAUGAGCAAAGGAUUGUGGACAUGUUAAGCCCUGUGAAAUGUACGUGGACAGACCCCCUUAGUUGAGGGUACCAGGGUCUAUUGCCCUUGAGGUGUCUGAAACAUCCAUGCAGUUGUGUAAGGCUUUAAUCAUUGUCAUUUCUUUAAUAAAAGAUAAUAGCUACAUAGGUCAAGAGUGUUUCUUAUUACAAGAAAGGAAUUGAUGUAUAGAUAUAAAAGGAACUGCAUGGUUUGGCCUCAUGUCCUAAUGGUUCCAAGUCUACAGUAUUCCGGCUGAGGAAUCUCUUUACUUUUGAUGAAAUCCACAUAGAGAUGACAAUCAGCAAAGUAUUCAGGCAACAGGGUGGUCCAAAAAACAGGUAUAGCCUUCACAGAAUCAGUGGUGGUUGGUUUUAAGGCUUCUGGUCGAGUUGCCAUCUAGGCAACCUGCCAAGUUGAGCUGAUCAAGCUUCUUGGCCAACCAGUGGUCUUUGAAUGUAUUUUGGGGGAAAGGUGAAAUAUUUGUUGGAAAUUUUGGCUUUAUUUUAUAGUGUAUGAACCCUGAAAUAGGUUUGUUUUCUUGGUAACAGAUUGAUAGAGGCCGUCUGCUUGAUCUCAGUUUGCCUGUUGUUGUCGACGCUUCAUUAAACAAAAAGCAGACAUUUGUCUGCCAACCAUGUUUGUAACUGUUUAUAUGAUAACCCUUCACUGAGGUGAGGACAGUUGGUAACUUCAAGUCACAUCAAUGGAGGGUCAUGAUGAGGCCGAGGGAAUGAAGUCAUAGAUUACCGUCCUAAUAAUUGUCAUAAAAUGCACAAGUCUUUUAUAUCCCCUUUUUAAUACUGGUACCCUUGUUCCUUUGUUUUUUUCCGGGGUUUUGAGUAGAUCACCUGAUUCGGAAUUUGAAUGAAAAGCUUUCCUUUUGCCAAUAAAGAAGUAUCUCCAUCAAAAUGAGGAAACAUUUUGACGAAAGGGAGGUGGACGGUAUUCUAUGACUUUCAUUCCCUGAGUCUUAUAGACAGCACAUUGUGGGAAAAUUUAAUUGUAGUGAUUGUUCCCAUUGCUUUUGUGCAUGUAUGUCUUCAAUGUACUGGUACAGUUUUCAGUUGUGAAAAUGCUGUUCAAAAGGCAUUGAAUUUGUCAUUGAGAUAUUUUCAUCUCUGAAAUAAUUUUUGCCACGAAACACAUAAUACAGUGGAGAUCAGUGAGGAGGAGGAGGGGGGCCUUGUUCUCCUUUGCAAGAACUGUGAAAAAGGUAAAAUUUCUCAAGUUUUGCCUAUUGUACAGUUUACAUUAGUAUAUACAUUAUAUACUAGUAAUCUUACUAGUAUACUAGGUUAUUGUACAGUAUAUACUAGUACACUGAGACUAGGUAUUACACUGUGAUCUGAUAGACCAUUGUUCAUUACUAUUGUACGUGUAUUGCACGAAUAGCAAAUCGUGAUACAGUACUGUUUCUGUAAAUGAAUUUUCUGUAAAUAAAGACGUCAAAAGUGUGAA